AUGUUACCAGGGUACGCAACGACGCCAGGGGCCCCUACCCAGAGGCCACUGCCGAGGCUCGUCGUCACCCGUAACUCCACCUUCCACGCCUCCCACCUGGCUCGACCGAACACCGAUUCCACGGGCACCCUUUGCCCGAACUGGCCAAAGAUCUUUGGCAAGGGACGAGGCUGCGUCGUCGCGGCACUGGAAUGUUGCAGCGUCUGGCGUGGAGCAGGCUUCAGUGGUUCCACUAUGGUAGAGGAGAGAGUACGCGGUUUGCUUCGAGAGGUUCGCGGUGAAGGGAUACCGGAGAAGUGGUAGGAAAAGGAUAUUGGGAAUUGGGACUUGUUUAAGAUUGUUUAAAACAUUUUUUACUUUUAAUCAUUAGGAAUUUAAUUGAACAAUCGGAAGGCUAGGGGUAGUUAUUCUUCACUUUUAAUCGAUUUUCUUGGAAAUAAAUAAGGAAUAAAAUUAGGUCCUUCUGAUUCGUGUAAUAAGAAAGAAAAAAUGAGGAAAUAACUUUCUCUGAUUCAUGUAAUAAAUAUAGA